GUAGCCGCCGCCACCCACCUCGCACGCCCCAGGCAAACGCCACCACACCACCCGGUCCGUCGGCGGAAUCCACCUUCCCGAAGUCUCCCGCACCAGGUCGCGUCGGUGGCUCUCGGUCUCCUCCAAAUCUCCACGGCCAGACGCCCAAGCUCCCCCAAACGCAGACACGCUCCGCCGCUUCGCCCCAAUUCCCAACCCCCUCGACCGAACCCAUGGAGCAGCAAGGGAGCGAGAACACGCAGGAGCCGCUCCCCUGCGCCAACAACUGCGGCUUCUUCGGCUCCCCGGCCACGCGCAACCUCUGCUCGAAGUGCUUCCGCGACAGCCUCCGCCGCGAGGAGGCUGUCGCGGCGGUGGCGGCGACCGCGACGGCCGCGGUCGCCGUCUCUUCUUCUCUUUCUUCUUCUUCGGCCGAGGCGACAGCGGCAGCGCCGGAGGAGGCGGGGAAGGAGGCGCGAGCGAAGGGGAAUAAGAAGAGCGGCCGGUGCGCGGCGUGCGGGAGGAAGGUGGGGCUGAUGGGGUUCGAGUGCCGGUGCGGCGGCGUCUUCUGCGGCGCGCACCGCUACUCGGACCGGCACGACUGCGGCUACGACUACAGGGCCGCCGGUCGCGACGCCAUCGCCCGCGCCAACCCCGUCGUCAGGGGCGACAAGCAGGUCGACAAGCUCUGACUGCGCAGCGCCGGCGCGUGCUCGCUCGCGGGCAGCAAACCAUCACUGGCCUGGCUGCUCGAUCGAAGUAUGCAGUACACUUGAUUGAAGGUUGAAGCCUAGCAAUUCGAUUGCAAUUCGCGUGAAAACAUCGCUGUGCCUCUUCGCUAGUUCAUGAUGUAUUUGCUAUAUUAAUACCUGCUGCCUGCUGCUAGUGCAGUUGCUUGUUGCGAGAAAGGUAAAAAGCGCUCUGCUUCGUGUGUUUCGUCGCCCUGCGGAGCCAGUCGAGUGCCCCAGUAGCAGCAACCGCGUCUACGGUUGCUACUCUGGUGAUAGGAGUCUCCUCCUCGUUCUCGCAUCAUGUUUACAGCUUGCGCAACUCUCGCCCAGACACACAUAGGCCGUGAUGGUGACACUUGUGCUCCAGGAAAGGGAGCCCCCUCCAUGGGACGGGAGCUGCGUAGUUGAAGCUCGUGAGUUGUGUUGCAUGUUUGCAUACGGACUUGGAAUGGUGGAAUUCACACAUUGCUAGUA